GUUGUGCUUAACGUGGCUUACGCAAGAUGUCCUCACCUUGAAUUUCUGGCCAUGGAGUUUGCUGGGCGAGAUUGGCAGCUUCAGAUUGAAAACCUCAAAGAUGAAGUGCGAGCGCUCAAGGAGAGCGUGAUCACCAAAGGUUUUCUGAGCGAAGAUUUCUUCUUGUCCUACCUUCACCGGAUCCGAUUUCAACGGGUGUGCCAACAGCAUCCAUGGAAGCACUGCCCUGAUGAGAAGGAAGUGGGGUUGUGGUCUGUCCUGCAGGCCGGGCUCUCCAAGGCGGUGCUGGGCUUCGCUGGCGUGGCGGCCGUGGGCGCCCUGUGCCGCGCCUCGCGGGAGUUGGGGGCCGAGGCGUCCAAGGCCAAGAAGGCAGUGGAUUGCUUGGCAGCCGGCGGCCGCGGCCAAGUCUUCAUUUGCGGCGGCUACGACGGCAGCAGGCUUUUGUCGGAGGUGCAUCGCUUUGACCCCAAGGCGAACAGUUGGGGCUCAGUGCCGGCCCUCCCUGUACCGCGCGAGGCCUCUGUUGCUGCAGUCUUAGGGGGCCAAAUCGUGGUCUGUGGAGGCUUCGAUGGACAGCGGCAGCUGGACCAAGCGGUUCGCUUCGACCCCAUGGCAGGCACCUGGCAAGAGCUGCCGCCCAUGCACUGCAGGCGCUCCGGAGCCACCGCCGCUGUGGUCCAAGGCCACGGGCUGGUGGUCUGUGGUGGCUUCGAUGGGGAGGAGUACUUGUCCUCGGUGGAGCGUCUCACAGAUCACUGGGAGAUGUUGCCCUCCAUGACCUUCAGCCGAGAGGGCGCGUCCUGCGCGGAGCUCUGGGGCAAGGUCUACGUCUGUGGCGGAAACGACGGCGCCAACACCUUGAAGGAGGUGGAGCGCUUCAACUUCGAGGUGGGUCAGUGGGAAGCGUUGCCUCCCAUGCUGGUGAGGCGCGAUGGGCCCGCAGCGGCCGCCCUCUCGGGCAGGAUCUGGGUUUGUGGGGGCUUUGACGGGCAGCAGUCCUUGAGUUUAAGCUCCAUCGAGUGCUUCGACCCGCACAGAGGCUUUUGGAGGAAGCUCCGCUCCAUGCUGUCUCGCCGCGCGGGCGCCGCCUGCGCCGUGGUCAGUGGCCAGCUCUACAUCUGUGGUGGCUACGAUGGCGCGCAGAACCUCCAAGAGUGUGAGCGCUUGGACCCGGCGCAAGGCAUGUGGGAGCUCCUACCGUCGAUGCCGCGGCGGUGUGGAUACUGCGCCGGCGCCUCCUCCUGAUCAAUGAACAUGCUCCGUCGUUCGCAUGCGUUUCGGCGGCGUGGCAAAGCACUGAGAGAAGUCGAGAGG